AUGGUCUCCAUUCGUGCAGCUAUGCUAACUUCUGCAAUGCUGAUAGUCAGUGCGGCGCUCCGCGAGACUUCGGCUGAAGAUUCCUGGAGUGAGAUGAUUCAGGACGAUACUGGCGGCCAAAAUUCAUCGGACACUCCAAGUUGGGGCAGUGGCGAAGAUGGCGGUGGCGACAAGAAACAGGGCGGCGUCGAUAAGAACGGCAGCGGCGGUGGUGGCAAAGAGGGGUUCAGUGAUCUCGAAGCCAGCACACCAUCAACUGGUGGAGGGAGCAGCAAACCGUCUGCCGGUGGAGGAAAAGUGCCCGAUGGGACGUGGCCCAAGAGCACGGGAACUGUUCAGCUCAAGGCACCGCAAGUCAUCAAGGCUGGCGAGGACUUUGAUGGAAAGAUGCAGACGUUCGAGCGAUCGGAUGUCACGUGCCAGGGACAGAAGGAGAGCGGAUCGGACACCGCUGUUUUCCUUGUCGAAGCUGGUGCCACGCUCCGAAAUGUCAUCAUCGGCAAGAACCAAAUGGAGGGUGUUCAUUGCGUUGAACAUGACUGCGUGAUUGUCAACGUUUGGUGGGAUGACGUCUGCGAGGAUGCGCUCACUAUCAAAGGUGGCACCGCGUCCAGUGUUUCGAUGGUCAUCGGUGGAGGCGCUCGGCUGGCCGAUGACAAGGUCGUCCAGCAUAACGGCCCCGGUACUGUCAAGAUUGACGGUUUUUACGCAAAAGACGUUGCCAAGCUCUACUGUUCCUGUGGUACGUGCGGUGACAUUGCGCGAAAGGUGGAAGUCACAAACGUGUAUGUCGAGGAUCUACAAGAUACUGUGGUGACGGUGAACAAGAACUACAAGGACGAGGCCAAGCUGAGCGACAUCUGGGUCACCUCUACCAAAGACAAGCCGAGCAUUUGCCAGUGGUGGGAGGGCAAUGCCGACGGCGAGCCUACAAAAUUGGGUAACGGAUCGACGCCACCACUCUGUCAGUACUCGGAGAGCGACGUGCAAAUCAACAAAGGCGCACCUUCUGUUGGAAGAUCGAAAUCGAGCAAAGGCUCAUCACCGUCUGCAUCGUCGGGUGGUGACAGUGUUGAGCAAGAAGCUGGCGUCGUGUCCCCAGGUGGCGGCGACGGCGAAGACAACAAGAGUAAGGAAGGAGAUGAUGAAGGUGAAGACAAGGGAGACGAGAAGAAGGACAAGAAAGAUGACAAGAAAGAGGGCGAAGAGAGGAACUAG